CGAAAGACAGGAAUCAUAGCCCUUCGCUGUGUUUGAGACGGAUUAUUGGUGAUAGACCAGCAAAACCUCCAUAGUAUGCCCAAUUCGGAGGCAGAAAUUGCCAUAAAUAGUUGAACUGUUAGGCGACAACAACACUUGAAGGAGGUUGGAGACUGACCAUUUUCAACUUUCAUCGCUGCCUUAGAAACAUUUGGAAACAAUCCCUUGUUGUGAGCGCACAGAUAAUUGAUUGUUCUGUUGCUCUUUUUCAUUUACUACAGAUGCCUUAUGCCACUUCAAUCAUUCCGAUACCAUGCAGUAUGCGGAUUAUAGUAAUCGCAAUCAAAUAUAAAUAAUAAUAAUAAAGAACCAAAGAACCAUCAUGUAUAAGAUACAAUAAUCAAAACCUAAGGAUCGUGGCCGGGUCGCUUUUCCGCUACCCGCCCUUCGGGCAAGUUUUCACAAGCUUUCCAUAACGAGAGGAAAGGCGCAGGGCUUAUUUCUGAAGGGAAGGCACUCCGUGGGAGGAGCGUUUUCUCAGAAAGACUGGGUGUGAAGACAAACACUGAAAAGAUGGUCGGAGGGAGAUAUAACUUAUGGAGUUUCCACAAAAUGGUGCUUGGCUCAUCUUUGGGCAUCAUUGUGUUGCUCUCUUUCGUGAACACCUGUUUCGCCAAUGCCCAACACCACCAAAGUUCGUCUUGGGGAAAAAAGCGUGUGGAACCUGACUUUUUAUCUGAAGUGACUCGUACUGUAAGGAAGACACUGGAGAAUUUGGUUGGUAAAGAGAACUUUCUGAUGGUGAAUGAGAAUAUGUCUGCUGCGCUUUGGAUAGUUUCCUCUGGAAUCUCUUCAGCCUUAUCUGUUGUGGCUCGCAUUACAGGGCAGCUUCUUACAUCCUUUGGCUUGGCUGGAGAUGGAUUAACACAGUUUCUGAAGCUGAGCCCUGAGCAGGUUCAGGCACUGCUGCUCUGGAGCCUGGCUGCCCUGAUCAGCUAUUGGGUACUCUCACUGCUGUUCAGCCUGUUGUUCACUAUCGUGAGCCGCCUCAUGUGGGGCCUCAAGCUGGUUCUCUUUGGAGGCUGCUUUGCAUUUAUUGUGUUUACUGUGCCUGACCAUUCGGUACAGGUUUUACUUCUAUUGGCCUUGCUAACUCUCUAUGUUUUGCUGGGUUGGUUGAGUGGAUCCUAUCGCUCUGAUGCACGGCUGGAGGCUAAAGUGCACAACUUGGAGCGCCAAGUGGAAGAACUGCAACGCCGGCAGAAGCGGUCUCCCAGAUACCUGGACGAAGAAUAAAUUUCAGGCAGGGGGCUUAACAAGUUUACCCAUCUUCUCCAAGAAGCAACUACAUUUCUCUCUUUCUUUAUCCCCUACGUUGCUUCUUUUUCAGUUUGUACGUGUUCCUUUUGCCCACUUCUAUUUAAGGAUGGAAGUCCUCCCUAGGAAAAUGAUUGCACCUGACAUUCUAUCUCUUCUUAGUUGGUAGUAAUAUUUAGAAAAGCCCUUUCUCUACUUUUGUCUCGUUAUUUUCAUUCCCCUUGUUAGGCCCCGUUUUUCCACUCUGUUUUUCAUUUGACUCAUGGCAGCUGUUGGCUUCUUUAAAGACAAUGGGGACUAA